AUGGCGCAGAGAACCCCACCAACCCCCAACAACAACCCACGACCCCACAGCCGACCUCCCAGCACAGCUCUGCGGCGUGAUGCGGAGACUAGCGCACUCGGUCGUCGUCGCCACGGCCACAGACCGCGCGGGUCGGCCACGGGGCAUGACGAUGUCGAGCUUCGUGAGCUUGAGCAUGGAGCCCGUGCCGCUGGUGACGUUCAACGUCCGGACGCCGAGCCGGACGCUGGAUGCGAUUCGUGA